UCUGUGAGACUUGUGUUAGUUAAUUAUGUAAGUGAACGGUUCACUCAGACUAUUAAUCAAAACAUAUAUACGCCCUUGCCAGCUUUAAACUACAAAAUCCGGUUGGGGACGUGAUAUCUGUCAGUGUAACUUACAACCCGGGCACGAUUUGGUUAAGAGCCAACGUGUGGUACGAUAUAGACAGACAUUUGAACACGCUGCCAAGAUGGAAGAGGCUCCUUUCAUUCUGUGCGCCAGACUUGCAGUCAUUGUGCUCGUAUAUCUGUGCACCUUUACUCUGCAAUGUGAGGCCCAGUACUGUCGGUGCGUGUGUGGAGAUAUUCGCCUGAUGACCUCCUGCAAGGAUUAUCUCAGUUCGAACAUGAAUUAUGGAAGCGGAUAUUACUGGAUAUAUCCAGACAGUGGUGACAUCUCCAAGCCGAUACAAGUGUUUUGUGAUCAAGAAACAGAUGGCGGAGGAUGGCUCAGAUUAUAUUACAAAUCUGGUCCUGCAACCUGCCAUAGCUAUCCAGGGUUUAAAUGGACAAGCGACCUUGUGAAUAGUAUGGGAGUUUACCAGGGAAUAUCUCAGCUGGCCGUUAGCGAUUCCGAGCAGACUGUUAACAGCAGUGGCUCUUGGGUGCUGGAGAACGCCAAAUGGAAUAGAUUUGUGGCAUGUGAUGCCAACAAAGUAUGUAGCCAGGGAGCACUGGAGGCACAGUACGGUUUCAGUGGCGAUGACGUCAUUGCGAAUCUUGCUAACUGUCGUACACCUACCAAUUCUUCCUGGUCACAGGCGUAUACUGGAGGUUACGCGUUUGUGGCUGGUCGCCUGGCCACUUUUGGGACAUGGAGCCGAAUGCAUUAUGGUUGUAACACCUGGGUGAACGUAGGGGACAACACGACGUUUCGCUUUGGGGGUGGUGUGCACCACAGUGGAGAAUUCGUCCACACCUCGUGCAAUGAUUACUAUCCUAAUCAGAGGAACAGCGUGACUUCCAAAUGGAAUACUGACAACGUGCGUGUCAUCUGGAUUCGUUAGCAGAGGUGAACGUGGGCACGAUACACGGAAGUGUUUGAUGUAAUCUGCUCUAAAGAUAUAUCUGAUGCAUUUUUCAAGACUGCCAUUUAAAAUUUACUUUAAAUCAAUUUUCCUAUUCCUAAGAUAUGGAUAAAAUCCGGGCUUGUAAAAUAGGAAAAUAAACAUGAUUGUGUCUUAAUCUUGA